AUGGCAGCAAAACAGUACAUCCGAAAUAUGAUAUCCAGACUCUGUUCAAUCAACAAUCAACAAUUGAGAAUCCAGCAAAUAAAGCUAAGAACAAAAGAUAAACAAAAUGAUAAGACUGAACUUCGAGGGAAAUUUGAAGACAUCUUUGAUGUUGAUCAUUUCAUUGAUUACUUAAAGGAUGAUGUGCGAAUUGUUCGUGAUAUCCCUGAUUGGUUUACUGACAAAUCAGAAUUAUUCUCAAGCAUAAGACGGACUGUAAAAAACAUUCCCAAGUAUGCUCCUGCCCAAUUUUACAUUGAUAAUGUACUACCUCGAAUCAAGGAGAAGAAGAUAAUGGCCCUAAAACCCUUUGUUGAUCGGCUUGGGUAUGAUAAUGUUCCCCCAGAAAUCAACAGGCUUAGGUGCAGAGUAAAUUAUCAUGCUCUGAAAUUUCUUCCGGAGAUAGAGCAGAUGGCUGAUUCUUUAGUAUCAAGGAUGCGAAAUCGCACUGGCAGUUCAAAUCCUUAUAUGGCUCUGCAUCUUAGGUUUGAGAAAGGGAUGGUGGGCUUAUCAUUCUGUGAUUUUGUGGGGACAAGGGAAGAGAAGGCUAAAAUGGCUGAAUAUAGAAAAAAAGAAUGGCCUCGACGCUAUAAGAAUGGUUCCCAUUUAUGGCAAUUGGCCCUGCAGAAGCGCAAGGAAGGACGAUGUCCUCUUGAGCCUGGGGAAGUGGCUGUGAUUCUUCGUGCAAUGGGAUAUCCCAAAGAAACUCAAAUUUAUGUUGCGUCUGGUCAAGUUUAUGGUGGCCAAAACCGGAUGGCACCACUGAGGAACAUGUUCCCGAAUCUGGUUACAAAGGAGGAAUUAGCAAGCAAGGAGGAGUUAGCUGGUUUCAGGAAGCAUGUAACAAGCUUGGCAGCCCUCGACUUCCUGGUCUGCUUGAAGUCUGAUGUGUUUGUUAUGACCCAUGGUGGUAACUUCGCUAAGUUGAUAAUUGGGGCACGCAGGUACAUGGGUCACCGUUAUAAAUCCAUAAAACCAGACAAGGGACUUAUGUCAAAAUCUUUUGGGGACCCCUAUAUGGGUUGGGCCACUUUUGUAGAGGAUGUAGUUGUCACCCAUCAGACAAGGACUGGAUUGCCGGAAGAGACCUUCCCUAACUAUGACCUUUGGGAGAACCCUCUGACUCCUUGCAUGUGUAAAGCCUGA